AUGUUUGCAGUAACCAGCAUGUUUUGGAAAUUUGAUCUCCAUUCAUCAUCCCACAUAGAUACACUUCUAGAGAGAGAAGAUGUAACGCUGAAGGAAUUGAUGGAUGAAGAGGAUGUUCUGCAAGAGUGCAAGGCUCAGAAUCGCAAACUUAUAGAGUUUCUGCUGAAGUCAGAAUGUUUGGAAGACUUAGUUUCAUUUAUUAUCGAAGAGCCACCUCAAGACAUGGAUGAAAAAAUUCGAUAUAAAUAUCCAAACAUAUCAUGUGAGCUGCUUACAUCAGAUGUCUCACAGAUCAACGAUAGGCUGGGAGAGGAAGAAUCCUUACUUAUGAAACUGUACAGCUUCCUCUUAAAUGAAUCUCCUUUAAACCCUUUACUGGCCAGUUUCUUCAGCAAGGUGCUAAGUAUUCUUAUAAGCAGAAAACCAGAACAGAUUGUGGAUUUUUUAAAGAGGAAACAUGAUUUUGUAGACCUCAUUAUUAAGCACAUAGGGACCUCUGCUAUCAUGGACUUGUUGCUCAGGCUACUGACUUGCAUAGAACCUCCACAGCCUCGGCAAGAGGUGUUAAAUUGGCUAAAUGAGGAGAGAAUUAUCCAGCGGCUUGUGGAAAUUGUGCAUCCGUCUCAGGAUGAAGAUAGGCAUUCAAACGCAUCACAGUCACUCUGUGAAAUUAUUCGUCUAAGCAGAGACCAGAUGUUACAAGUACAGAACAGUUCAGAACCAGAUCCACUGCUUGCAAGUCUAGAGAAACAAGAGAUCAUAGAGCAGCUGCUGUCUAAUAUUUUUCAUAAAGAAAAAAAUGAAUCUGCAAUAGUCAGUGCAAUCCAAAUACUAUUGACCUUACUUGAGACAAGACGACAGACAUUUGAAGGCCAUAUAGAGAUCUGUCCUCCAGGCAUGAGCAAUUCAACGUACUCAGUCAACAGAAGUGUUCUAGAAGCCAUAAAAGCACGACUUUCAUCCUUCCAUGAACUCCUACUUGAGCCACCAAAAAAAAGUGUCAUGAAGACAACCUGGGGUGUAUUGGAUCCACCUGUAGGAAACACGCGUUUAAAUGUGAUUAGAUUAAUAUCUAGCCUUUUGCAGACAAAUAUAAACAGUGUGAAUCAGGAGCUUAUAGAGCUUAACAGCAUAGGAGUAAUACUGGACAUGUUCUUUAAGUAUACAUGGAAUAACUUUUUGCAUACUCAAGUAGAAAUCUGUAUUGCGUUGAUUCUUGCAAGUCCUCUUGAAAGCACAGAAAAUGGCACAAUUACAGAUCAGGAUUCCACAGGGGACAAUCUCUUACUGAAACAUCUCUUCCUUAAGUGCCAAUUAAUAGAACGGAUACUUGAAGCGUGGGAGAUGAAUGAGAAGAAACAAGCUGAAGGAGGAAGGCGGCAUGGCUACAUGGGACAUCUGACAAGGAUAGCAAACUGUAUUGUGCAUAGUACAGAUAAGGGGCCAAACAGUACACUAGUCCAACAGCUCAUUAAAGAGCUUCCAGAGGAAGUCAGAGAGCGAUGGGAGACAUUCUGCACAAGCUCUUUAGGAGAAACCAACAAGAGGAAUACAGUGGACCUGGUGACUACCUGCCACAUUCAUUCUUCCAGUGAUGAUGAAAUUGAUUUUAAAGAAACUGGCUUCUCACAGGAUUCAUCUUUGCAGCAGGCCUUUUCUGAUUAUCAGAUGCAACAAAUGACGUCCAAUUUUAUUGACCAGUUUGGCUUCAACGAUGAGAAGUUUGCUGAUCAAGAUGACAUCGGCAAUGUUUCUUUUGAUCGGGUUUCAGACAUCAACUUUACCCUCAAUACGAAUGAAAGU